AACAAUCUGCAGACCUUCUCAGCCUUUCCUGUCAUACCAUCUCUACAGACAACCGAAGGCAGAGGCAGCUGUAACAACACACCCACCGCUUCCUUCAAGAGCCUUCCGGACACCAAGAGAGGGGAGCUUCAGUUACCUCCAAGAUGUUCAAAGGGGUGGGCAAAGGCUCACCAAGCAGAAGCUCCCCGAACAAAGGGUCCCCGAUCAAGCAUGACAAGUCCUCCAGCGCCAAUGAGCUGGCUAUGCUUAUCUCUCGCAUGCAAAAAAAUGCUGACCAGGUGGAAAAGGACGUUCUUGAAACACAAAACAAACUUAAGCAGGACAGCAGCUACCACCAGCAAGGCAAGUCUUUUGAGUUCCAGCAGGAGAAUGCCAAAAACCUGAAAGAGGCUGAGAUGCUUCUGAAAGACCUCUUCCUAGAUGUGGACAAAGUCAAGCGUCUGAAGCACCCUCAGGCCUUGGAAAUUGAAAAAGACAUCAAGCAGCUCCAUGACCGAGUGACACGCCAAUGUGCUGAAUAUCGAGAUCUCUAUGAAAAAUUUAUACUUCCUGAAGCUGGAUCCAAAGUGGACUGGAGCACAAUUCUAGAGCAAAAGCAGAAAGAAAUUAAUGCAGGGAAAUAUGGACCUACUAUGCCAGAGCUGGAGAAACAGAUAGCAGAGCACAACAUCCUUCAGAAGGAGAUAGAGGCAUAUGGCCUCCAGAUCAAGAACCUUCAUAGUCUGGAAGCUGCAGAUUUAAAAAGACAAUAUAAGGACUUGCUGAAAGCCUCUAUCUGGCGAUGCCAGAGCUUGGGCAGCAUCUAUACGCACCUGCAGGGUUGCACUAAGGAGCUGGGUUACCUCACAGAGCAGCAGAACAAAAUCUUGAAACAGGACUGGAGUGAUCAAAUGAUUGCUCCCCAGUCUGUACGGCGUGAGUACGAGGAUUUCAAGAAUAAUGAACUCCUUAACCAGGAAGAGUAUGUGAAUACACUCCAAGAUGAUGGAGAGAGGAUGAUAGAACUGAAGCAUCCAGCUGUGACCCCAAUCCAAACACAUCAGGAAGCCUUGAAGAAUGAGUGGCAGAAUUUUCUCAACUUGUGCAUCUGUCAAGAGAGCCAUUUGAAGAGCAUAGAGAACUACAGAAAGUUCUAUGAUGACGCUGACACUGUGAGCCAGUUGCUAAACAAGCUGACCAAGGACCUUGAUACAAAAUACAGCACGUUCAACAAAGACAGCCCAGGAGUGGUGUCUGAUUUAUUCCUUCACCUGGAAAAUGAAGAGAAGACUGUGAAACAAGCUGAGAGGAGCAUCACUGAACUGAAAAGAAGGAGCAAGGAGAUCAGUCCUUUGAAACUCCGCAGAGUCCACCCACCCCAGCCAAUUACUGUGGAUACCAUCUGUGACUGGGAUUUGGGUGAUGUGCAACUUGAGAGGGGUGAGAAGUAUACAUUGAUUGAUAAUAGCAACCAGGAAAACUGGGUGGUGCAGAAUUCCAGAGGAGAGACUAAGGCAGCUCCUGCUGUUUGCUUCUCCAUCCCACCUCCAGAUCUAGAGGCCAUAGAUAGAGUUAAUAGGAUGGAAGGUGAGCUGAGCACAGUGAAGCAGAAGAGAGCUACAGUCCAGAACACACUGAGAAGCAGCCACAAGGAACCAGUUAAAUCCAGCCAACAGGUUCCAGUUACCACUGUGGUCCAGGAUGACUCCCAAGCUGGCCAGUUGCUCCAUCAACUGGACAAGAUCGAUGGUGACUUGGGCCAGGUCAAGAAGGAGAUUUUUAGCUGCCUGAGGUCCCCGCUAAACACCAGUGACCCUACAGAGGACCUUACUCAACGGAUCAGAGACCAGGAGGGAACAACAAGGAGACUUCAAGUCAUAGGAGCAGAAAAGGAAGCUGCUCAGAAGGAGUGUGAGGCCUAUCUUUCCAAGAAGCCUGCUGGCACUUCUGCCUCUCAGCUUCCUGUGGCACUCAACAACAUCAAGAACAAGUACAACGAUGCUAAGGUGCUAUCCAGGCUCUAUGAUGACAAAGCUAAAGCAAGCCUGAACCUGGAGAAUCAAAUAGAGAACACCGACAAGAUCUUCAGCACCUUUGAGGCCAAGUUAUCUCAUGAUGGUAUCAUCCCAGCCUCACCCAAUGCUUUGCAGGAUCGUGCCAAUGAACUUCAGAAACUGAAGCGAGAUUUAGUGAAACAGGAGGACAGCUUGCUGAAGCUAAACCGCAACCUCAAGGAUACAGAGCAUAGCUGCAGUGCUGUGCAGAACAAUUUCCAAGAGUACUGCCCUGACCUGCCUAGGCAGAAAAAGGAAGUCCAGCUCCUUAAUGACCGAUACCAUGCUGUUGCUGACCAACUGGAUCAUCGGGAGAAGACACUCCGGAACACCAGCCUUACCUACCAACAGUUCCAAAAUGCCAAUGAGAACCUGAUGUUCUGGCUCAACAAUCUACCCAAGUACCAGGUCAAGACCACAGAUGGACCCAGUCAGAUCAACUACAGACUACAGGCCCAGAAGAGGCUGGCAGAUGAAAUCCAGAGCAAAGAAUCUGACAAGAAUGCUGUGGUCAACUUGUCCCAGAAUGUGCAGUCUGUCCUCAAUGACUAUGAGCUUCAGGCAGGAAAAUAUCGGUCCUCUCUGGACCCUGCUUUGACUGCUUCCUCUGCAAAACGCCUCCGUGUGACUCCACUUCAGGAGAGCAUUCAAGCUCAGGAAAACAAUGUGACAAAGCUCUACACAGAGACAGCUGCCGAAAACAAAGAGCAGCUCAGCCGGCUGGAAUUUGCCAAGAAAGUUAUGGAUAAGAAGGAAGUAAAUGAAACAGUGCAGGUGAUGUAUGAGCAGACCCAGCAGUCUGAAAACACAGAUGGGUCACAAAGAGAGUCAGAAGCUCUGAAAUCUCAUCUGGAAGAGGAACGGAGCAAGAAAGCUAGGGCUCAGCAGGAGCUGGAAGAACAGAGGAGCAAACUUCUCAUGCUGAAGACCCAGCGGCCUAUUGAAAGAGUGGAGGAAAAAGAAGUGAUGGAGUACUACAGAAAUCCAGCUCUGGAGAGAGACCUGUCCAAAAUCUCUCAUCAAAUUGAGAAUGAAAAUAAGAAGAGAAAGGGUCUACAGGCAGAUAUUGAGAUAAUGAGCAAUAAGGUCCUCCAAAUAGAGAAAGAUAGGAAGGUUGUUAAAACUCAGCUGCUUACAAAAGAAAUUACUAAGAUAGAAAGAGACCCAAGCCUAGAUGCCCAAGCUACCAGACUCCAAGAGGAAAUCAGGCACCUCCAAGAGAAUUCAGCUUCCUCCUCUGAACUUGAAAGGCUCAGGAAAGAGCUGCGCUUGCUGGAGCAGAUGCAGCCAAAUAUCCGAGAGAAAGUGGUGGUAAAAGAGGUGGUGAAGCUGGAGAAAGACCCAGAAAUGCUAAAAGCAAUCAGAACAUUGCAGAUGCAAAUUGAUGAAGACAGUUUCAAGAGGAAAUCUGUGGUAGAUACAAUAGAUAAACUGAAAAGCAGAAUUGAAGAGCUUGAAAAGCUGAUUGCAACAGCAGAACCUAAAGUCAUUGUGAAGGAGGUAAAGCAAGUGGAGCAAGACCCAGAGCUUCUUAAGGAGUCUUCCAAGCUUCAGACUUUCAUUGAUGAGGAGAGAAACAAGAACUCAUUGUUAGUGAGUGAACUGACAGAGCUGCAGAGCAAAUACAGCACUGUGGAAAAGCAAAAGCCUAAAGUGGAAGUUAAAGAAACAGUCAAGGAAAUAUUUUGUCUUGACCCAGAAACGGAAGAUGAGAUAGCACGUUUGAAGAGAGAACUCCAAGAAGCUUCAAGAAAAAGGUCAAGGGUUGAGCAGGAGGUGGAAACAGCCCUGACUGAGCUCAAAGUUCUUCGGUCUCAGGCACCUACUGUGGAGUUUAAAGAGGUCAUCCAAGAGGUGGUGAAGAUGGAAAAGAGUCCAGAGAUUCUGAGAGAAAUAGACAGGUUGAAACAGCAGCUGAAUGACCUUGUGAAUACAAAUGGCAGGUCCCAAGAACAACUGAUCAGGCUACAGGGCGAACGGGAUGAGUGGAAGAGGGAAAGAUCCAAGGUUGAAACCAAGUUGGUUACCAAGGAGGUUGUCCGAUAUGAGAAUGACCCUCUAUUAGAGAGAGAAGCUGAACGCCUCCAUCAAGAAGUACGCAAUGCAUCACAAAAGAGAAGAGCAACCGAAGAUGCCAUCUAUGACCUGCAGAACAAGUAUAUGCUUCUGGAGAGGAGAAAGCCUGAGGAAAAAGUGGUAGUCCAGGAGGUAGUUCUUACACAGAGAGACCCAAAGCUCAGAGAUGAGCAUAACAGACUAAGCAAGAGCUUGGAUGAUGAAGUGAGCAACCGCCGGCGCCUGGAACGUGAGGUCCAACAGCUUCGGGCUGUGGUGGAAGAGAAAGAGAAACUGCUUAACUUCCAAGAAGACAGAAACAAAAGGCUUGCUUUGGAAAAGGAAAUGCGGCAGAUCACUUUGAGGAUAAAGGAAAUUGAGGAAAGCCCAGCCCCAGUCCAAGAAAAAUUAAUCACAGAGGAAGUGGUCAAGUUAGAGAGGGAUCCAGUUCUUGAGCAGUCUAGCACCAACCUGCGAAAUGAACUGGAUAAUGAGAAAGCUCAAGUAUUGAACCUACAGAGGGAGUGCAAGAACCUUCAAGCCCAGAUUGAUGUUCUACAGAAAACCAAGUCUCAGGAAAAAACCAUCUACAAGGAAGUAAUCAGAGUAGAAAAGGAUAGGGUGCUAGAAAAUGAGCGAGCACGUCUCUGGGAUCUGCUAAGCAGGGAGAGAACUGCCCGGCAGAAUACAGAAGAAGAUAUCAGGCACCUCAAGGAAAAUAUUGAGAGAGCAGAAGGCAUGAAGCGGACAUGGUCCAGAGAAGAAGCUGAUCUCCAGAAAACUCGGAAUAUGACAAUGCAAGAAAAAGCCAAUCUUGAGGAUGAAUUAAGGGAGCUGGAAAGGCAGAAGCAACAGAAAAUCCUCUUCCUUAGAGAGCAGUCCAAGCUCCUGAGCCAAAGGACAGAAAAUGACAGACAAAAGAAGAUGCAGCUUGGUCAAGAGCUUUCUCUCCUUGAAUCAGAUAUACUUAAAGAGAAGGAUCAGAUUUAUGACAAAGAGAGGACUAUCCGGGAACUCCAAUCCAGAGUUAAUAGGGAAGAACUGCACCAUGAGACCCAGAUGAGAGAAACAAAUCUCUCCACUAAGAUUUCUAUUCUGGAUCCAGAGACUGGCAAGGAUAUGUCGCCCUAUGAGGCCUACAAGAGAGGCAUGAUAGAUAGGAGUCAAUAUAUCCAGCUGCAAGAACUAGAAUGUGACUGGGAGGAAAUCACAACCCUGGGACCCAAAGGGGAUAUUUCUGUCCUCCUUGACAAAAAGAGUGGGAAGCAGUACUCCAUUGAUGAUGCCCUACGGUUCAGGAGGAUUACAAAAGAAGAAUACCAGCUCUACAAGGAAGGCAAGAUCCCCAUCUCUGAAUUUGCUCUGCUGGUAGCAGGAGAAACUAAGCAUAAUUCAUCCCUGUCUAUCGGUUCAAUCAUUUCCAAGUCUCCAGUAACAUCUCCUGUUUUCCAACAAAAGCAGAGCUUCUUCCCCCCUGAGUCACAGAUGGCUUUCUGUGAUGAUACCUUUCCUAUUGCUGGUGUGUACGACACAACCUCUGACAACAAGUACAACAUAAAAUCUGCACUUGGCAAGAAGCUGGUGGACCCAAUGACAGCUCAAAAGCUUCUAGAGGCCCAGGCUGCUACUGGGGGCAUUGUGGAUCUUAUCUUGCGGGAUCGUUACUCUGUCCACAAAGCCAUUGAUAGAGGACUGAUUGACAACACCUACAUGCAGAGACUGCUGAAUGCUCAGAAGGCUUUCACGGGGAUUGAAGAUCCUGUCACCAAGAGAAGGCUGUCUGUAGGAGAGGCAGUCCAGAAAGGGUGGAUGACCAAGGACAAUGCCUUUCCUUAUUUACAGGUCCAACAUCUGACUGGAGGGCUAAUAGAUCCCAAGAAAACUGGUCGUAUCUCAGUAUCAGAAGCUGCCCAGAUAGGCAUGCUUAGCAGUGAUCUGGCUAUGAUGCUGCAAGAUGAAUCAAGCUAUGAAAAGGAUCUUGUUGACCCUAUCACCAAAGAGAAGAUUCAUUACAAGGAAGCCAUGUCUCGUUGCCGGAAAGAUCCUGUAAGUGGGCUUCUUCUCCUCCUUUCCACAUCUGAUGGAUACCAGUCAUACCAAUCAGCAAACCAGUCACCCACAUUGCCCCAGUUCAGGCACUGAGAAAAGGAAAAAUCCUCAGCAGAGCUCAUACACUAUCUGUAGAUGAACAAAGUGCCUAGCAACUAUAGAUGACUGUGUGCUAUUCUAGAUAUCUAGUCUUCAUUAUACCAAGGCAGAAAAACAUCUUAAAGAUGCAUUUCUGAAGGUAGAAGGGUUCUAAUGCAAAAGUAACUGUACACUGUAGGGAAAUAAAGGGGAUUUUUAUAUGAACAAACAUGCUUGGGAAACACUUUCUCUGUACAUUUAUGACAAGUUUGAAAGCAUGUGUGUCAAGGUGCUUUGAGUUAGAUUGUUGUCAUGCA